AUGGGCAAGAUCGAGAGUAACGAGAGGGUGAUCCUCAAUGUCGGGGGCACCCGGCACGAGACCUACCGCAGCACCCUGAAGACCCUGCCUGGCACCCGCCUGGCCCUGCUCGCCGCCUCCGAGCCCCAGGGCGACUGCUCGACGGCGGCGGGCGACCCGCUGCAGCCCGCGCCCCCGCCGCGCUCCCCGCCGCCGCUGCCCCGGCCCCCGCCGUCCCCGGGGCCCCGCGGCUGCUCCGAGGGCGGCGCCGGCCGCUGCAGCUCCCGCGGCGGCAAAGGCGGGGACCACCCCGGGGGCGAGCACCCCGGGGGCGGCUGCGAGUUCUUCUUCGACCGGCACCCCGGCGUCUUCGCCUACGUGCUCAACUACUACCGCACCGGCAAGCUGCACUGCCCCGCCGACGUGUGCGGGCCGCUGUUCGAGGAGGAGCUGGCCUUCUGGGGCAUCGACGAGACGGACGUGGAGCCCUGCUGCUGGAUGACCUACCGGCAGCACCGCGACGCCGAGGAGGCGCUGGACAUCUUCGAGGCCCCCGACCUCAUGGGCGGCGACCCGGCCGACGAGGAGGAGCUGGCGGCCAAGCGGCUGGGCAUUGAGGAGGCCGCGGGCCUGGGCGGCCCCGAAGGCAAGUCCGGCCGCUGGAGGAGGCUGCAGCCCCGCAUGUGGGCGCUCUUCGAGGACCCCUACUCCUCCAGAGCCGCCAGGUUUAUUGCUUUUGCUUCUUUAUUCUUCAUCCUGGUUUCAAUCACUACCUUUUGCCUGGAGACCCAUGAAGCUUUCAAUAUUGUCAAAAACAAGACGGAACCAGUCAUCAACGGCACAAGUGUUGUUCUACAGUAUGAAAUCGAAACGGAUCCUGCCUUGACCUACGUAGAAGGGGUGUGUGUGGUGUGGUUUACUUUUGAGUUUUUAGUCCGUAUUGUCUUUUCCCCCAAUAAACUUGAAUUCAUCAAAAACCUCUUGAAUAUCAUUGACUUUGUGGCCAUUCUGCCCUUCUACUUGGAGGUGGGACUCAGUGGACUCUCAUCCAAAGCUGCUAAGGAUGUACUUGGCUUCCUCAGGGUGGUAAGAUUCGUGAGGAUCCUGAGAAUCUUCAAGCUCACCCGCCAUUUUGUAGGUCUGAGGGUGCUUGGACAUACUCUUCGAGCUAGUACGAAUGAAUUUUUGCUGCUGAUAAUCUUCUUGGCUCUGGGAGUUUUGAUAUUUGCUACUAUGAUCUACUAUGCCGAAAGAGUGGGAGCUCAACCUAAUGACCCUUCCGCUAGUGAGCACACGCAGUUCAAAAACAUCCCUAUUGGGUUCUGGUGGGCUGUGGUGACCAUGACUACAUUGGGCUAUGGGGAUAUGUACCCCCAAACUUGGUCAGGGAUGCUGGUAGGAGCCCUGUGUGCUCUGGCUGGAGUGCUGACAAUAGCCAUGCCUGUACCUGUCAUUGUCAACAACUUUGGGAUGUACUACUCCUUGGCAAUGGCGAAGCAGAAACUUCCACGGAAAAGAAAGAAGCACAUCCCUCCUGCCCCGCAGGCAAGCUCACCUACUUUUUGCAAGACCGAAUUAAAUACGGCCUGCAACAGCACACAGGGUGACACCUGUCUGGGCAAAGACAAUCGACUUCUGGAACAUAAUAGAUCAGUGCUAUCAGGUGAUGACAGUUCGGGACGUGAGUCGCCAUUAUCACCCCCAGAAAGGCUCCCUAUCAGACGCUCUAGUACCAGAGACAAAAACAGAAGAGGGGAAACGUGUUUCCUACUGACGACAGGGGAUUACACGUGCACUUCUGAUGGAGGGAUCAGGAAAGUGUUGCACAGAAUUUAUCAUGGAUUUUUGACUGAUGAAAAAGGGACAGUGGAAUUUAGCCAUAGCAAGGACUGUGUUGGAAACAGACUUCUGCUGUUGAAUGUGCCCUGA